AUGACCCCACUCCCAUCGUCCACCCUAACAUCACCCCACUACCCCACCUCUAUGAAGCUGGAAUGUGAAAACCUUUCCCUCUUUCUCUCUUCUUCUUUCAUCUAUGCAGAACUGCCGGCAAGGUCAUCUUCUUCCGGCGAGGUUUAUUUUCAUAGAUUGCUUCAAUGGAACUCAUCCACUUGCAUUUGUUUGGAUAUGGUAUGCAUAUUUGAUUUACAGGGGAUUCACUUGUCUCUUUUUCAAAAGUCGUCAAUGGUGGCGAUGGUUUCUAAUCAACUCGACGGGUAUUCGAAUUUGCAACAUUCUAAUUUGAAUCCAACUGUUCUCCUUCAAGACGGAGUAGUGGCUGGUAAUAGAGAUAGAGAUUCUUCUUCUGAUUCAGUAGUUGCAGUACAGAGGAGGGAGAAUCACAUCAACAGGGAAAAUAGUGAUAGGGAAAGGGAAGAUUCUGAGACUGUUGCUAGUACUACUAGCUAUGGACUUGGAAAUGGAAAUGCGGUGGCCACUGGGAUAACGGCUACCAGUAUGGCUUAUUUGCCUCAGAAUAUUGUUUUGUCUGAGCUUCGACAUGAUGCAUUCGAGGCUUGCACCCCAUCUGGUCCUGCUGAAAGUGGGUUGGUCUCCAAAUGGCGGCCUAAGGACCGGAUGAAAACAGGAUGUGUUGCUCUUGUUUUAUGUUUGAAUAUCAGUGUGGACCCACCCGAUGUUAUAAAGAUUUCACCUUGUGCCAGAAUGGAAUGCUGGAUAGAUCCAUUUUCUAUGGCCCCACAAAAAGCUCUUGAAACAAUCGGAAAAACAUUGAGUUUCCAGUAUGAAAGGUGGCAACCCAAGGCCAAAUACAAGAUUCAGUUAGAUCCUACAGUGGAAGAAGUGAAGAAACUUUGUACUACAUGUCGCAAAUAUGCCAAAUCUGAAAGGGUUCUUUUCCAUUAUAAUGGUCAUGGUGUACCUAAACCAACUGCCAAUGGUGAAAUUUGGUUUUUUAACAGGAGUUAUACACAGUAUAUUCCUUUGCCUAUCAGCGACCUUGACUCAUGGCUCAAGACUCCCUCCAUAUAUGUUUUUGAUUGUUCUGCUGCAGGGAUGAUUGUCAAUGCCUUCAUAGAGCUCCAGGAUUGGACUCCCUCAAGUUCUUCUUCUUCAGGAACUUCACCAAGAGACUGUAUUCUACUUGCAGCAUGUGAAGCACAUGAGACUCUACCACAAAGUCAUGAGUUUCCUGCUGAUGUCUUCACUUCUUGCCUUACAACUCCCAUCAAGAUUGCCUUAAGAUGGUUUUGCACUCGAUCAUUACUACAUGAAUCAAUUGAUUAUUCACUUAUAGACAGAAUACCUGGGAGACAAACUGAUCGUAAGACACUUCUUGGUGAGCUGAACUGGAUUUUUACUGCAGUUACAGACACAAUAGCCUGGAAUGUGCUUCCACAUGAUUUGUUUCAGAGAUUAUUCAGGCAAGAUCUUUUGGUUGCGAGUUUGUUUCGGAACUUUUUACUUGCAGAGAGAAUUAUGCGUUCUGCAAAUUGUUCUCCUGUAUCUUUUCCAAUGUUGCCUCCAACUCAUCAACACCAUAUGUGGGAUGCAUGGGAUAUGGCUGCUGAAAUCUGUCUUUCUCAACUUCCAACAUUGCUCGAGGAUCCCAAUGCAGAAUUCCAGCCAAGUCCUUUUUUCACUGAGCAAUUGACAGCAUUUGAGGUGUGGCUGGAUCAUGGUUCUGAACAUAAGAAACCACCUGAGCAGUUGCCUAUUGUUCUUCAGGUUUUACUCAGUCAAUGCCAUAGGUUUCGUGCACUUGUGCUUCUUGGAAGAUUUCUUGAUAUGGGUCCAUGGGCUGUUGAUUUGGCCUUGUCGGUGGGAAUAUUUCCAUAUGUUUUGAAGCUAUUGCAAACAACCACACCUGAACUCCGACAAAUUCUUGUGUUCAUCUGGACAAAGAUCCUUGCACUUGACAAGUCAUGUCAAGUUGAUUUGGUGAAAGAUGGUGGACACACGUAUUUUAUCAGGUUUUUAGAUAGUGUGGAAGCGUAUCCAGAACAACGUGCAAUGGCUGCAUUUGUUUUAACUGUCAUUGUUGAUGGACACAGAAAGGGGCAAGAAGCUUGUAUCGAGGCUAAUUUAUGGCUAUGUCUGUGUCUUGGAAAGCUUUGGGAAGAUUUCACAGAAGCACAAAUCAUAGGCCUACAAGCCAAUGCUCCUACUGUAUUCUCCCUUCUAUUAUCCGAACCCCAGCCUGAGGUUAGAGCUUCUGCUGUUUUUGCAUUGGGGACUCUACUUGAUGUUGGAUUUGACUCAUCUAGAGAUGGUGGAGAUGAUGAACGUGAUGAUGAUGAAAAAGUUGGGGCUGAAAUAAGUAUUGUUAAAAGCCUUUUAAAUGUUGUUUCAGAUGGAAGCCCUUUGGUCAGAGCAGAGCUUGCAGUAGCUCUAUCGCGCUUUGCAUUUGGACACAACAGGCAUUUGAAAUCAAUUGCAGCUGCAUACUGGAAACCACAGUCUAAUGCUGUUUUAAGCUCUUUACCUUCAUUUACAAUCAGGGGUUCAGUUUCUGGCUACAAUACUCCCAACCAGUAUUCCCAAAUUGGUCCUUUAUCAAGAGUAGGAGGUGGUGACAACCAAUCAAAUUCAAGAGAUGGAAGGGUUUCUUCCGGAAGCCCUCUUGCCACAUCUGGAAUCAUGCAUGGAUCUCCACUCUCAGAUGACUCAUCACAACACUCUGAUCCUGGGCUCCUGAAUGACAUCAUCACAAACGGUGUCACCAACCAUACAACAAAUACAAAACCACGCCAGCUGGACAAUGCCCUCUACUCCCAAUGUGUGUCUGCCAUGUGUACAUUAGCAAAAGAUCCAUCACCACGCAUUGCAAGUUUAGGGAAACGAGUUCUUUCCAUUAUAGGGAUUGAACAAGUUCCCACAAAGUCUGUAAAACCAAGUGGAAGUGUAAGGUCAGGGGAACAGUCAUCAACUGCUAAUAGUUUAGCUGGAUUAGCUCGAUCAUCUUCUUGGUUUGAUAUGAAUGGAGGUCAUCUGCCUUUGACUUUUAGAACUCCACCUGUUAGUCCACCUAGACCAAGUUACUUAACAGGAAUUGGAAUGAGAAGAGUCUGUUCACUGGAGUUCAGACCACACUUAAUGGAUUCAGGCCUUGCAGAUCCUCUUUUAGGUUCACCUGGAGUUCCAGGAGCUUCAGAGAGAAGCUUUUUACCUCAAUCAACUAUUUACAACUGGAGCUGCAGUCAUUUCUCAAAGCCUCUUCUUACAGCAACUGAUGGAUCUGAAGAGAUUAUGGUUAGACGUGAAGAAAGGGAGAAGUUUGCUCUUGACCAUAUCACAAAGUGUCAACAUUCUUCUGGUAGCAAUCUUCAUAAUCCAAUUGCUCGAUGGGAUACAAAGUUUGAGACUGGUGCUAAAACAGCUUUGCUGCAGCCUUUCUCUCCAAUAGUGGUUGCUGCAGAUGAGGGUGAAUGCAUCAGAAUAUGGAAUUACGAGGAAGCUACUUUGGUGAACAGCUUCAGUAAUCAUGAGUGUCCUGACAAAGGGAUAUCAAAACUAUGCCUGGUGAAUGAGCUUGAUGAAAGCUUGCUGCUUGUAGCCUCAAGUGAUGGAAAUGUGCGUAUAUGGAAAGAUUACACUUUAAGGGGUAAACAGAAACUUGUAACUGCAUUCUCUUCCAUUCAUGGCCACAGACCUGGUGUCAGAAGUGUGGGUGCUGUAGUAGAUUGGCAGCAGCAAUCUGGCUUUAUGUUUGCUUCUGGUGAAAUUUCAUCAACCAUGGUUUGGGACCUGGAUAAAGAGCAACUUGUGAGCUCUAUUCCUCUAGCAUCAGAUUGCAGCAUUUCAGCUUUGGCUGCUUCUCAAGUUCAUGGAGGUCAAUAUGCAGCUGGCUUUGUCGAUGAAAGAGUUGUUGGAGGUAUAGAAAGAGUUGUGGGAAUCGGCUUCCAACCUGGACUCGAUCCCGCAAAGAUUGUGAGUGCAUCUCAAGCAGGAGACAUUCAGUUCUUGGACAUAAGAAAUCAAAGCGACGCGUACUUGACCAUCGAUGCGCACCGCGGUUCAUUAACGGCUCUAGCCAUUCACCGGCAUGCACCACUUAUAGCCAGCGGUUCAGCCAAACAGCUCAUCAAAGUCUUCAAUCUUGAAGGCGAACAGUUAGGCACAAUUCGUUACUCUCCCACUUUCAUGGCUCAAAAAAUCGGAUCUGUCAGCUGUUUAGCCUUCCACCCGUACCAAAUACUGCUCGCAGCUGGUGCUGCAGACGCUUGUGUUUCCAUCUAUGCUGAUGACAUCUCACCACCAAGAUAAAACAACAAAAACAAAAAAAAAAAAGUCAAAGAAAACUCAUGCGGACUCUGAGUCUGAAUCUGUUAAGAUACACAUUCGUUAAGCCUCCAAGGCUACUGAUGUUGGAAAAAGUGAAAAAAGUAAUGUUUGCAUUGCAUUUGGUGGAGAGGCUUCAGGAAAUAAUUUCAUUUCAUACGACUCAACAAACACAUAGCUGGUAUUGCUAUUGGUAAGUAUGGUGACGUCAACAUGUUAUGGUAUGGUAUAAAAGUUGUGUACAUAUUUCUUUUUCUUUUUCUUUUUAGUGUUUGUGUGUUUUUUUUCUUUUUCUUUUCUUUUGCCAGUCUUGUUUCUCUAAUUUGUAAAAAAUCCCCUCCCCUCCCCCUCUCUUUUCUAAAUCUUUGCAUUUAUAUAUAAUUGAAAUUCCUUGUGAUUAUGUUGAUGAAGCUUUCUGUUUUUUAAA